AUGAGGAAGUUUGUACGCACUAGACCAGCGGCGCCCCAUCACGCUCCUCCCGUGCCUACCAACUCGGCACGCGGCGCUAAUGGACACCUCAAGGGGGUCGGCGGCGGCGGGCCGAGGCGCGACGACCACCGCUCCACGCUCUCAAGGGGCAGCGCUGCGGAGGGCGCCGCCAUGGCCCUCUGGGAGGACCCGGACUUCCCUGCCGCCCCGCGCUCCCUCGGCCUCCGCCGUCCGCCCCAGGACCUGCACUGGCUGCGCCCCCAUGAGCUGAGCGCGCGGCCGCGGUUCCUCGGCGACAGCGUUCUGGAGGCGCCCCCGCCCUCGCCCCACGCCGCCCACGCCGCCCACGCCGCCCACGCCGCCCACGCCCCCCACGCCCCCCACGCCCCUCACGCUCCCCACGCCACAGGCGACGCAGACGCCAACAGCGACGCCCACUCCGACCACGACACUGACGACCAGAUCGCCGCCAGGUGGAGCGUGGAGGUGGGCGAGGUGGGCGACGCCGCGCUGUGCUGCGCAGCGGCCGCGCUGGCGCUCACGCCGCGCCUGCUGGCCAGGGUCGCCCCGCCGCACUCCUUCCGCCGCGGCUACACCGGCGCCUUCAGGUUCCAGUUCUGGGUGUUCGGGCAGUGGCGGGAGGUGGCGGUGGACGACCGGCUGCCCGUGCGGGGCGCGCGCCUCCUCUGCAGCCGCGGCGCGCUGCCGCACGACUACACGCUGCCGCUGCUCGAGAAGGCGUACGCCAAGCUGUACGGGUCGUACGCGGCGCUGCGCGGCGGCACGUGCGCGCGCGCCCUGCAGGACCUCUCGGGCGGCGUGGUGCAGAGCUUCGCGCCGCCUCGCCAGCCGCCCGCGCUGCUGCACCGGGUGCUCGACUCGGCCGUGCCGCGCUCCACGCUGCUGGUCGCCACCGCCGCCGCCCACCCGGAAAAGGGAGGCUGUGGGCGUCGCUCGCGCAACGGACUCAUCCCCGAGCAGGCGUACUGCGUGACGGGGCUGGCGAGGGUACGCGGCGGGGCGGAGGCGGGGGCGGAGGCGAGGGCGGGGGCGGAGGAGUGGGCGGGCGCGUUGGUGCGGCUGCGGGCGCCGAGCGGGCGCGGCGAGUGGCGCGGCGCGUGGGCGCGCGGCGGGCCGCAGUGGCGCGCCCUGCCGCCCAAAGACCGCGACCUCCUGGCCGCCACCACGCCCCACCCGGCGCACUUCUGGAUGCCAUUCGGCGAGUUUGCUCGCGCGUUCGACCGGUUGGAGCUGGUGCACGUCGGGCCCGACGAGUGGGUGCGCGAACCGGCGCUGCGCGGGCGGCGUCCGUGGCGCGCCGUGGUGGCGCGGCGCCGCUGGCGCGCCGGCUACAACGCGGGCGGGCCGCCGGGGUGCCGCACGGCCGCCGCCAACCCGCAGUUCCGCGUGCUAGUGCCGCCGCCGGCCGCCGCGCACCUGGUGCUGGCCGUGGCGCAGCACUACGAGCCGUCGGCGCCGCGCCGCCCUCGGGGCGUCGGCUUCGCGCUCUUCGAGCUGCCGCCCGCCGCCGCCGCGCGCCGCGCCGCCCUCGCCGCCGACGAGGACGCCUUCGACCACUACGUCGGUGACCUCCCGAUAGACUCGAGAGCCCAUCUCGCCGGCGGCGGCACUCAUGGCGACGUCCGUGCGCAGAGGCCGCUGGAGGCGGCGCACGCGGGCCGCGCGCGCGAGGUGGCCGCCUUCGUGCUGCUGGCGCCCGGCCACUACCUGCUGGUGCCGCACGCGCGCCGCGCCCACGCCGAGGGCGCCUUCCUGCUGCGCGUGCUGUGCGACCGGCGCGCCGACGUCUGGGAAGUCAACGAUGACAACGUCGUUAUCCGAGAUUUCAACACGGAAAACGAGGAAGACGCAGAUCCUUUACCGCCCCAGGUUCGAGGGGCUAUAGCCAAGGCGGUCAAGAAGCAGGGCUCCGACGAGGUAUGCGACUUGAUGUUUCGUCAAUCGAACGGUCGCGCAAAUAGCGAGCGAGGGUGCGCGGCGCAGGUGGACGCGUGGGCGCUGCGCGCGGUGGCGCGUCGCUGCGGCGGCGCCUCGCUGGAGCUGUGCCGCGCGCUGGUGGCGCUGCGCGACGCGGGCGUGGGCGGGCGCGUGCCGGCCGCCGAGGUGCCGGCGCUGCUGCGGCUGCUGGCGCUGUGGCGCGCCGCCGUGCGCCGCCACCUGCCGCGCUGCGCCGCGCGCCUGCCCUCCUACCGGCUGCGCGCGCUGCUGUGGGCGGCCGGCGUCUGCGCCAGCAACAAGGUGCUCGAGUGCAUCGUGCUGCGCUUUGCGCGCCGCGCCGCGCUCUCCGCCGAGGCCUGCCUCUUGGCGCUCGCCCGCCUGCAUCUCGCCCACGAGCGAUACCGCAGCCUCGACGCAAAGCUGAAGUCGAAUCCUCUUUCCCUGGAAGAAGUUAUUCUAAUGACGAUCUACUCA